AUGUUGUCAUUAAUUGAGAUACUUGUCAUAGAAAUUUUAGUAUGUCUUGUUGUGUUCAUUUUGUCAUCAUGUUGGAAAGAAACCAGCAAUAAUGUACCACUAGUAAUAGAGCUGCCAGUCGUAAACCGUCCUCCACCGGCAGGACGCAUUAUUCCAAUCAUAUACCAUCCAACAUCGGCAGCCGCGCCAGUCCUAAACCGUCUACCACCAGCAACAGAGCCAACGGGUGCAGAGACUUCGACUCGGUCCCAGACGACGGAGGAACGGAAGAGGUAUGAUGUAGCAAUCGAUGUUUAUAUCGAAGAAGCUGCAGAUGGGGAACGUGAAUGCUCUAUAUGUCUAUCGAAAUAUAAAAACCGAGAACUGUUAGGGUGUCUUCCGGUGUGCAACCAUAUAUUUCAUUUUGAUUGUAUCAAAAUAUGGUCGGAAUUUAAUCGGACUUGUCCAUUGUGCCGCCGGAGUAACGGUGAUGAACUAUAG